UGUUUCCCCCACGUUUUAGGUCAUCAUGCGCUGUUGACAAUCACAAGGGGUGGUUAUCCGAAGACCUCAGUUCGUCUAUUUAUCUAUUGGGAUUCACACUCAUUCUGAGUUGGCCUGUCUGUUGAAUUGCCCAUCAGAACGUGCAGUCGUCUGAUUAUUCAGUCUUUAGGAAUAGGGUCGUUGCUGUUGUGCAAUAUUAACCUUAUUUAAUUAAAACUAACAGUCAGUAAGAAGAGUGAAGAGACUCGACUAACGGGCCGAGCAGCGACGUCAGGCUGCCCCAGUGACGCAGGGCCCUCCCUGGGUGUUGUUUGUCCUGCAGACGGCUCCAUAACAGAUGUCCAUGCAGACGCACUGCCGGUGCACAUAGCGGCCUGGGGCGGGACUAUCACAAACGACUCUGGUCUUUGUUGUUGAUAUUUUGGCAUCAGAUCAGAUCGAAUCGGCAUUUAUUUCGGAAUAUAAACGACAACAGACGCUGAGAGAUGCCCCGCUCUGACCGUGACGUUGUCUUCCACCACCUCGCCUUCCAAAUCCAGAGAUGCCCUUCCUCUCUAGCCCAUUGGAGCAAAGCGUAGAAGACCCUCCCCCCAUCCAGCCACCAGCGUAACCCCUCCCUUUCGUUCACACCAGGGGGUCUGUAGAGUCCAGCUUGUUGGCUAAAGUCUCAAUCAUGGACCGGUCCCCCAAGCUGUCUGGUGAGACCCUCAUCGUGCACCACAUCCCCCUGGUGCACUGCCAGGUCUCCGGGAGCCGGCAGGCAGGGUCUGGGGGAUCGCUAAAGAGGAGCAACCCUUUCAGUUCCUCAGAGAAUCUAGGCCUCAGCCGGACCACCUCCCUCCCCGAGACAGACAUCCUCCAGAAGGACGGGCUGCUGUACGGCAGCGUCGUUCACACCUCCUCCGGGGGGCGGGCGAGGGAGGCUCGAGACGAACGGAGGGGAGACUCCUCGACCAACUCCCAGGACCACCUCGUGAUCGCUCACACUCUCCCCAGAGCCAAGGCCUGCAACAGAAACCCUCUUCGCCACAACCCUUUCCUGCUCAACACAGAUCACUGUGAGGAGGACGAGGAGGAGGAUGAGGAUGGAGACAACCUAUACGGCUACCUGGAGGACUCCUCUUUCCACCUCCACGGCCGACCCAGCUCCACUCUCGAGGAAGAGGUCCUUCCUUUCCGCCUGCAUGACUUGGACCUGGGCUCGGAGCCUUUUGCUUUGCGCGGCGCCCUGGGAAAGAAGUGGGGGUCUAUCGGGGAGGAGAGCCAGGAGUCUCUCAGGGGCAUGGCCUCUGAGCUAUCCAAUCACUUGGACGACCUCCGGCUGUUGGGAUUGGCCGGCCAACGGCGUCACGGCAGCAGCGGCUCCAACAUGUCCAUGGACUGUGUGGAGCAGGACUGGGCCGAGGAGGAGGAGGACGAUGAGGACCAACACAUGGGGUGUGGGCGGAGCAGCAAGACGGUGUCCUCCUGCAACUCCCACGACUACCAGGAGCACUUCCUGCAUUCCUUCCCCGAGCCCUUCUCUGAGGGGGGCCAGCAGGGCUACGGCAGCGACUCGUCCUGCAACAGCUCUGACGGGGUGCUGGUCAACUUCAGCGCCAUUUACAACAAGAUGAGCAAACCCACCAACCUCAACCACUCCCGAGACCCCUCCCUCUCCCCGGGGAGUCAGAGGAACCCGACCGUUGGGGCGUUCUACUUGGACCUCCACACCUCCCCUAACGAACCCCUCCCGUCGCACCAGCAGAACGCCUUCCUCGGCCAGCCUGCAGUGCAGGAGCCCCACCCCUCCACGUCCUCCACCCGCUCCUCCUCCACCCAGGAGGGGCAUGACCUCGACGCCAACUGCAACUCCUACCACCCUCUGCAUUCAGGGUCGUCCGGCGACCUCACUACCUGUCUGCAGAGCCAGGCGCGGCUGGUGGUGGCCACCCAGAACUACUACAAGCUGGUAACCUGCGACCUGUCUUCCCAGUCGUCGCCGAGUCCGGUGGGCUCCUCGGCCACCAGCUGCUCCGAGGAGCCCAGCAAGGGGAGUCCGACGCCCAAUCACCCCAGAGAAUACUACCUGUUCAGACCAGGAGAGGACACCACUACAGCCUCCUUAGGGCCAAAUGAAAACGAAGAGAAGAAUAAGGACGAUCCAACCCGGCCACCAGAGGACCGUGUCGCCGCGGCGAUUCAAGGCCAGCUGUGCGUCAACAGCGUCAACGGGAACGCUUCCUGCGCAGGAGGCCCCCGCCCGCGCUCCCGCAGCUACGACCGUAACCUGGGCCAGGCCCCGCCCGCCCGGCUGGGCUCUCUGGAGCGCAUGCUCAGCUGCCCGGUCCGCCUGAGCGACGCGGCGGCCCAGCUCCUCUCGCCGCCGCCCCGCGUCACCUCCUUCGCCGAGAUCGCCCGCAGCAAGAGGAGGAGUGGGGGGGGGGCGAGCUCCCCGACCCCGAAGGGGGGCGAGGCAUUGUUCUCCGGGUGCCCCUUCACCUCCCUGGACGCCUUCCCCCCCCCAGAGCCACACGCCCAGGGGGGGAACCCUGGCCCGUCGCCCCUGGCGGGCUGCUGCAGCAUGGGCAGCCUGGAGCCGUGCCUGCUCAGUGGCAUGGAGGCCCAUGCUCAAGGCAGUCUGUGCAUCUCUAAGGACGGCUCCAUGGAGAUGGUGCGCUACUCUAAGGACCAGCGCCCCACCUCCCUCCCCAUCCAGCCCUUCUCUUUCCAGCACCCGCUGGGGGCCAGACCCCCCCAGCCCAAGCCCCAGCGCCCCCUGCUUGCCGGCAUGGGGUCCGGGGUGGGGGCCUCUGGGGCGCAGACCCGGGGCCCCGCUGGGACCCUGGUUGGGGAGGGGAGUGAAAACUCCACUGAGAACGUGCUUGGCGACCAGGGCAGCCGGCAGGGGCCCGCUGGGGGCCCCCCACCUGGCUCUAUUAGACCCUCCCCUCUGGGAAGCUAUUCCCCCGUCCGCCACCAGGGGGCGGUCAGUUCUGGGACAUGCUCUACUUGCACGCCCAGCCCCCAGUCGGCAUGCAGUCGGUCCUGUUUGCUGUCUCCAGGCCUGGGACCCCUCCACAGCCUGCCCUCAGACCCCUUCAGACAAGCCCCUCCCCCUGAUCUACUGGGACAGAACGCUGAGUCCAUUCCCCCCACUCUGUCCCCGGUUCAAGGCCACUGUUACCAUGGAGCAGCUCCCAGCAUGCCCAGGGACGUGCUGGGCUCCCUGGUCGGCAUGGACUCCAGCAGACCACCAGAUGGAACCAAGAGCUCUGGAUGCCGACCUUACAAUGCGCAUCACCUGUCCCCCCAGGCCCUAAAGUGGCGGGAGUAUCGCCGUAGAAACCCGCUGGGGGUGGAAAGAUCCCCAGACUCCGCCUCCGGGGGGAAGGCGCCACGCAGAUUCAGACGCAACGUCUUUGAUUUCCCAUCAGCCCCCUCUGACCACGCCUCUUCCAGCCACGCCCCCCGACAUCAUGUAGGAGGUCAUUCCUACAGUGAGCUGCUCCUGGACUACUUCUCCCUGACAGAGAAGCCCCCAGAGGAGUUCUGCCUCUCCCCGGAACCCCCCUCCUCCAAGCCCUCCGUCGACCUGCCGCACAAAAAAGGUCUGGUCAAGGCAGUGAACACAGCGGUGGAUCUGAUAGUGGCCCAUUUUGGAACCAGCAGAGACCCGGACGUAAAGGCAAAGUUGGGGAACAGCUGGGUGAGUCCUAACGUGGGCCACCUGAUCCUCAAGUACCUGUGUCCAGCACUGCGGGAGGUGCUUCAGGACGGGCUGAAGGCCCACCUGUUGGACCUGAUCGUUGGCCAGCGGCGGUGCCAGCCCUGGAGCCUGGUGGAGGCCUCAACACAGCUGGGCCCUUCCACACGGCUGCUCUACGCUCUGUUUUCCAAGGUCAGCCAGUUCUCUGAACUCACCAGCCAUCACAUGAGGCUGAAUGCCUUCAUCUUCGGCUUGCUCAACUUGAGAUCUUUGGAAUUCUGGUUCAAUCAUGUCUAUACACACGAAGAUAUAGUAGCUGCUCACUACGACCAGCGGGGUUUCCUACCCCUGUCUCAGGGGCCGUGUCGGGCGCUGUUUGAAGAGCUGCUGCUGCUGCUGCAGCCUCUCUCUCUCCUACCCUUCGACCUGGACGUACUGUUUGAGUCCCACCUCCUCCAGAAAGAUCAAGAGCACCUCCUCCGCAAGCUGCAGCUCUGCUCUGUCGACCAAUCAACACGCUCCACUUUCCAGCUCAUGAGAGGAUGGGGCGCUGCUGUGACCCAAUCACUGAAGGAGGGCGGAGAGGCCAAGAAGGAGAGGGCGGGGCUAAGAAGAGAAGGAACGGGGCCGAGGAUGGAGGGGACAGGUGGAAGUAGAGAUGGAGGGAACAACUUUGUGCCGUCAACAGCCAUUGUCAGCAGAAAGACCACAGUUGAAGGCAAUCUACUGUCAUCCCGAGUGAUAGCUGAUCUGUGGCCCGAGAGAGGGAUCAGUGGCCAGAGGAUGAAAGGUGUAGGGGAAGAGAGCCAUGCAGAGGAUGGACAAAGAAAGAGAGUCAAGGAGAGAGAUAGGGAUCUUGACCGCCAAGCGGGCUGGUGGUACCAACUGAUGCAGUCCUCCCAGGUCUACAUCGACCCAUCAGCUGAGGGGUCAAAGUUCAUCAAAAGUGAAAAGAGGAGGAGGUCAUCAGAGAGAAGGCAGCCCCCGCCAAGCAGAGAGGGUGUCGUUGAAGGGGCGGAGUCAAAGCAGGAAGCAGAAGAACACGUGGGCAGAAGAAGCCUGAAGGCCCCCAUUGCAGAAGCACGUUCCAGAACUUCAUGGAUGGGAAGCCCUCCAGAGUCUGUCCUCAGCCAGGAGAAGGAGACCGCUGGCCCUGAGGCUGCUGGGCCUGGGGCGGAGGCCCCAGGGGCGGAGGCCCAGGCCACAGCCGUCCCAGCAGAAAGCCCCCUCUGGGGCAGGUUGUUUGGAUCGACACUCGGCUCACCUUCUAGGAAGGAGGGAGCCCAACAGAGGGCCAGGAAGAGCAGGCCACCAUCCGGCUGGCUUGGCCUCGAUCGUUCGGUUCUCGACCUUAUGACCCAGACCCUUGGUUCAGGAACAGGAAAGAAAGAGUCUCCAAUCUUACCCAGUCAGAGCAAAGCCUUGAAUCCAACUUCUGCAAGCAGCCAGCCAUCUCCAUGUGAGGUGCGGGCGUUGUGUCACCACAUAGCCUCUGAACCAGGCCAUCUGAGCUUCCACAAAGGGGACAGACUGAAGGUGCUGAACAAGGCCAGCGCUGACUGGCUGCUGUGCUCCCUGGGCGGGAGCCAGGGUCUCGUGCCUAUCGUCUACAUCACCCUGGAGCACAAGGAGGACCGACUCUGAACCACAACCUCCUGAGCAGCCGGGAAACAACGGCAAACAACACUGGAGACAGAGGGCACCCUUCUCACAUAACUACUUGAGACAAAACUGCAUUUUCCAGUUAGAGUUAAUGAUUGUUAGAUGGUCGGUCUGAUUACUAAACAUCCACUCAAAAAACAAUAAAAACAUGAAGAUGUACAGAGACAUGCAGUGCAAGCAUGUAGACACAAGCAUACCCUUAACCUUUGCUCUAAGCUUCCAUUCAUAUACAGUAUAUCUUAUAUGCAUGCCUACACUGCCCUGUUAGGAAGUAAGCCCGAGCACCAUUGCAAACUAAAACGUGUACAAACUAAAACUGAAACUGUACAUAAUAUCCAUGUUUUGGGCUUUUGUGACAGAAAGUUGUCCUGCUAGCCACGGGUGAUAGUGAUCACAGUUAGUCCAAGCUGCACUCCUCUGUGCUCCCUGUAGCUCACCAUGUACAUAGCGGUCCACGCCCACCCUUGGGCUAUCUGCUGAUAGACAAGCUCUCCUUUCUGCAUAGACAGCUUUUAUGGUUAUUUUGUUAGGAAAAUGGUUCACAGAUUUAAAGACUUUAUAUAUAUGGAUGGCCAUAUGUUUUUGAUGUGGAUUAUUUGCGCACUGUGAGGAGUGUCGCAAGUCAAAAACAGCACAUCCUCCAAUCAGACUCCAUUUGGUUUUUGAAAAGGGAAAGAAAGAAGGAAUAGUAUCCUAUGACAUUUGUCUGCAAUUCAUCUUUAGAUUUUAGUUUGAUCGAUGAGGAUUAGUUCAAAGGUCCUCUAUUAAGGGGUCCUGGAUGUCUAUGCCUUAGAGUGCUUGACACAGAACAGCUGAAAGCUGUGGAAUUCACUUUGGCCUAUAUAUUCUGUUAAAGCUUUGACAGAGUAUAGGUUUAUUGAAAUGUUUUAUUUGCAUCAAAGGUAAAGGUAUAACGAACACAUAAAAUGUAUUGCAACAGAAUUGUGGCCUUUGUUGAAAAGUGAACUGACACCGCUCACAUACUUGGGUAAAUGUUAUUAAUUAUUAUAUUAUAUGUUUCAGUCCGAAUAACACCAUUUUAAACUGGAAAAUGUAUAUUCACGCCUUAAUGUAAACUUACGAGAAAUGUUGCAUAACCCUAGGUAUUUUUUGUUACAGUCCUAUUCAUUUGACAUUAUUUUGGCACAUUGCAUCAUAUCUUCUUGGUUGAAAUACUGAUACUGUAUUUCGUAUUUCUGACAGAAAUAAGGAGUUAUCGAACAUAUUUAUUCAAUGUGUGAUUAGCACAGGAAGCAAUUAUAAGCUGCAACACCAUCGCAUGUCAUGUGAUCAUCCUGUCAGAUGACUGUAUUGCCAGGUGAUGUCAGGACAUGGGGAUAAGUAGCAGGUCUGCUGGCGCCCAAUCAGCUCUCUGCCAGACUUCCAGGACAGGAAUGCGUGCAGGGUGCUUGGACACUGACAUUAGACCAGUGUGUUAUUCCCCAUUGGUGGUUGUUGGCUGUUGUCAGGUGAAGGUUUUUGUGACAAACACGUUGAAUGAGUUUUGGCAAACUUUGACCAACAUUCUCCAGUUGAGUGUUUGAGUCUUUGUUGAGAGAGAGAGAGAGAGAGAGAGAGAGAGAGAGAGAGAGAGAGAGAGAGAGAGAGACGGUAUCUUCCUCUUGUACAUAACACCAGUAAAACCGUGCUUCUCUUUGUCCCUGUUCUGUGUGAAGUUUACCUGGUGAAAAUUAUUAAAUUACUAUGUAUGUAAAUAACAAAGUAA